CGGGAACAAGGACCCGGGGCAGAUGGGACAGCUGGACACUCGUGUCGCUGACUAACAGAAGCUAUUGAGCACGGAGAGAAAACAUCAAAAACAAGAAAUAGCCCCCCACCUUCACGCGUGUCACAAUCGCAAACAGGGCUCGUCCAGGGCAGCGGUUGUGAAGGGUGACGUUCACUUAGCUAGCUAGGUACUUCCUAACCAUAGCUAACCAGCUUUAUUCCACGGCGAACUAGCAUUCGGUAAUAUUAGCUAACUAUUUAGAUAGCUAAUGUUAGUGUUCAGCUAACUGGCUAACGGUACUUUUUAAGCUUGAUUAUUAGCUAACCAGCUCCUAGCUGGUUAGACGGAUUUGAUGGUUCACCUUGAUUACAGUGCAAAAUACAGCAGGCUUGCUAACUACAUUGCAAAGGUGUAGCCAAGCGCGGUUGACACUUAUAAUUUCAUUGCAUUUUUCUUGCUAACAUUAGAUACAUUCCAGACAGAUCUGGACCCCAUUCCGCGAGCUAACGUUAGCUUGCGAGUGCGAGUAUGGUGGCUACGUUCAUAGCGUGCUAGGCGAUUUGACUUGCAGCAGUGGACUGUCUGACUUGCAGAUUAGUUAGCUUGCUAACACGUGCAUGCUUGUUGUAAUUGUGGUUGGGUUCCAAUUAUGUUAUCGUCAACUAGCUAGCCAUAUGCUAUGCUUUUAAACUUCAUUGAGUGUAGAGGUAAGUUAAGCGUGGUUCGGCACAAACAACAGCAAUAUUGUGCUUGCUGUUUGGAUAGCAGUACAGUAGUUUAGCUAGCACCAGCUAGUUGUAUGGUUUGUUUGGAGUCUUCAGCGUUUUUUUGCAACCCAAGGAAUUAAGCUAGUCCUUCUGUUCGACCACCUUCGGGUUCAACUGUCCGACUGAAGACCCAAGGCCAAGAUUGAUAAACCGGAGGCGGGGUCUCUGAGUGGCGCGGGCGGCCAGCGCGUGGGAUUGAUUGGCUGGUGGGCGUGGCCGGCGGGCUGGCUCCCCCCCCCCCUGGCGGCAGUGUGCGCUCCCCGCCGCCCCCCCCCUGCGCCCCCCGCUCGCCCGGCCUGCGCCCCCGAGCUCAUGCGCCCAGCGCCACGCGGGUCCUCCAACGCCAUGUGCCUCCCGCCCGCCUCGGAGCCGGGCGGCCCCGGGCCCCGGGGGCGGGGCAGCGACGGCGGGGGGGGCGUCCCGCUGGAGCCCUUCGUGCACCAGGUGGGCGGGCACACCAGCAUGAUGCGCUACGACGACCACACCGUCUGCAAGCCCCUCAUCGCCCGCGAGCAGCGCUUCUACGAGUCGCUGCCGCCCGAGAUGAAGGAGUUCACCCCCGAGUACAAAGGCGUGGUGCUGGUGUGUUUCGAGGGGGACCUGGACGGCUACAUUAACCUGGUGGCGUACCCGUACGUGGAGAGCGAGGGCCUGGAGCACGACGAGCCGCCCGAGAGGGACCAGCCGCGCCGCAAACACUCCCGCCGCAGCCUGCACCGCUCCGGCAGCCAGCACCGCGAGGAGCGCCCCCACCACAGCGACAGCAGCGAGAACCUGCAGGAGCUGAAGAGCCCGCGGCUGGAGCUGCAGAUCCACUCGGACGUGCCGUUCCAGAUGCUGGACGGGAACAGCGGCCUGACCACGGAGAAGAUCAGCCACAACCCCUGGAGCCUGCGCUGCCACAAGCAGCAGCUGAGCCGCAUGCGGUCUGAGUCCAAGGACCGCAAACUCUACAAGUUCCUGCUCCUGGAGAACGUGGUGCACCACUUCAGCUACCCCUGCAUCCUGGACCUGAAGAUGGGCACGCGGCAGCACGGGGACGACGCCUCCGAGGAGAAGGCCGCCCGGCAGAUGAAGAAGUGCGAGCAGAGCACGUCCGCCUCGCUGGGGGUGCGCGUGUGCGGCAUGCAGGUGUACCAGAUGGACACGGGCCACUACCUGUGCCGGAACAAGUACUACGGGCGCGGGCUGUCGACGGAGGGCUUCCGGCAGGCGCUGCAGCAGUACCUGCACAACGGCGCCCAGCUGCGGCGGGACCUGCUCCAGCCCAUGCUGGGCAAGCUGCGCAGCCUGCAGGCGGUGCUGGAGCGCCAGGCCUCCUACCGCUUCUACUCCAGCUCCCUGCUCGUCAUCUACGAGGGCAAGGAGCCCGGCCCCGAGGCCCCGCCGGGCCCCGAGGGGCCCCCGGCGCAGCCCGGGGCCCCCGCGCCGCAGGAGCCCCCCCCGGCCCCGGCCCCGGCCCCGGCCCCGCCCGGCGUGGACGUGCGCAUGAUCGACUUCGCCCACAGCACCUUCAAGGGCUUCCGCGACGACCAGACUGUGCACGACGGACCCGACCGGGGCUACGUCUUCGGCCUGGAGAGUCUGAUCAGGAUCCUGGAGCGCAUCCGGGACGAGAGCCAGUAGCCUAAAAAAACAACAACAAAACACACACACAGAAAAGGGAAAUAAAUAAAAAACCCUUCACCUUCACCCCCCUCACCACCCCCCACC